AUGGUUAAACUUCAAAAAGCUGAACACGUGUUUUUGAACUUCAUAUCAUCCUGCUCAUUUCCAAAUAAGGCAUUCGUCUAUGGAAAUGAAGCCGUUAUCGGAAAAGUGCUGCAUGAAUACUUUACAAAUGGAAAAAUGAAAAGAGAAGAUGUGUUCAUUACUUCGAAGCUUCCGCUUACUGCGCAUGCUCCUGCAGAUGUCGAAAAAGUUUUGAAAAUGCAGUUGGCUGCACUACAGCUGGACUACCUGUAUUUGUACCUUGUGCAUAGCCCUGUUCCUUUUGAGAAACAAGAUGACACUUUUGCUCCUGCGUUUGUGGAUGGUUUGCAAGUACCAGUGACUAUCGAUCAUGUCGAAACUUGGCAUGCUUUGGAAAAACUUUACGAUGCUGGAAAAUUCAAGGCUUUGGGGCUGUCAAACUUCAAUACUAAGCAGGUGCAGAACGUUUAUGAUCAUGCACGAAUCAAGCCUUCUAAUCUUCAGGUCGAAUGCCAUCUGUACUGGCCACAAACGGAGCUAUUCCAACUUUGUAAAAAGCUCAAUAUGUCCCUGACAGCUUACGCUCCAUUAGGAUCCCGAGGCAGAAUGGCUUUCAAUGAGAAAAUGAUUUGGGGCGAAGGUGACCCGUUGACGGAUCCUCUAGUAAAAGAAGUCGCUGGGAAGCACAAUAAAACUACAGCGCAGGUUUUGUUGCGUCAUCUCAUCCAGCGCGGAAUUGUAGUCAUUCCGAAAAGUGUUAAGCCGGAACGCGUGAAAGAAAAUUUUGAUGUUUUCGAUUUCACUCUGAGUGCACAGGAAAUGGAGAAGCUUGGCAAUAUCAAAAAGAAAACGAGGCUGUUUUUGUUCGAUUUGAAGUCACCGCAGCACUCAGUGAGUUUCUCCAAUACCUCAGUCGCUAACGUCUUCGGAAACUUUGGAAGAGAACGAAUUACUAACUCGCAAGAAACUAUUCCGCGAUAG